UAGAAGGCCAAAAUGGUGGCCUGAGUUUAUGGGAGGAGCCCGGAGACUAUUUAAACAGAGCACUCACCCACACUCACUGUCGGUUCCAGUGCACGAUAUCUACGUCACCAGGCCGACGAUCCAGAGCACAGCAUAUUCCUGUCUUCCUUGUUCCUGAGUAGCACGUUGCUCGUCCGUGGCUUUCCUUGCUAUUCCGCCCUCCGGCGCAGAUCAGUCCACUUCAGGUCUCGACCCCACCAGGUUGGUCGUUCACCCCUAAGAAACAAGUUCCCGGUCGACCCAGUCUCAGUCCGUGCCAGGACCUCCCUUCCAGGACUCCACUCAGGUGUGUAGCCAACGAAUCUCCUUCUUAAACCAAGUCCCCGUUCCCCAAUAUUUUGCCUCCUCCUUUCGUUGCUGCAAUCCAAUACCACAGUUCUUUAUGUAUACUCGCACCCACUUAUUCUUUUUCAGUCAGAGUCAUGUCGCAGGCCGGCAGUAUUGACCUCACACCCGCCCCUCUGUCACCCUCCACGGGCUCAGAGAGCGGCAGCCUGCAGACCUUCCGCACAUGGACCAUCCCCAGGAUUAUAGCACAGCUUAGACGCAAGGGCAUCCCCUACCCCGCUACGGCCCGGAAGGCAGAGCUCUUCAGGCUACUUUUCCCGCCAACACCCAAUACAGCACCCUCCAACCCACAGACAUCCUUGCAGUCCAUAUCCGGGGCUAUCUCCCAGCUGCACUCCAUGGUCGCCACACUAUCCGCAACAGUUUCCGACGUACAGACCAGAGUCGCAACCCUGGAGGCUCGCCCUCUCACACCCGUCCAUGACACAGUCGUGGUUUCGGCGCUGGCAUCCCCUCUUACAGGUACGCCAGAGUCCUCUUCUACCGUAAUCCCCGCGCACCUUGUCUCCGCCAGCCUCAGGAAGGAUAUCUUGGAGGGAAAGGACGUAAAUUUAGCGUCUCUGCUGGUUUCGGUGCACGACGUGGCCGACAACCGAGCAUAUGCCUGGGGGGACGUAUCGGUAGUCGUCAAAUCAAAAGACCCCAGACUCAGCCGUAAACUUACAGUCACUGAGUUCGUCCUGGCAUUCGGAAUGUUUAGGGACAUCAUCUGCUCAGCCGCCCCCAACAGGAGGGAAGAGCUGGACCUAUAUCUCCAUUCAGUCACAGAUUUAGGUUACAAGUACGGAGGGCACGCCUUCUAUGACUACCACCGCUCGUUUUCGGCCAAGGCAGCUGCCAAGCUCAGCCAGUUUCAGGCCAAGACAGACUGGAGCAUUUGUGACACAGAGCUUUUCUGCCGGCAUUUUGCAGGCCUCCGCUCACCACUGUGCACCCUCUGCCAGUCCUCUACCCACACGGCAAAUUGGUGCUCCGAUAACUCCAUUAAGCGCCCUGCCUACCCUCCCUCCUCCAGUACCAGUCAGAGCCUCCCAGGUCCCAGUCAGCAACGACAAGUGGAUAGACUAGGACGGCCUAUCUUUUUCCUAGGAGGCGCUCCCAUCUGCAACAAUUUUAAUAACGCCGGUUGCUUUCACAGCCAGUGCAGGCUACUCCACGUUUGCACAGCAUGCCACAAAGCUCACCCAAAGACCACCUGUCAACUCAAACAGGACUCAAAGGCCUGACUAAGCCGAA